AUGCUGCUCUCCCCUACCAGCAGUACUAGUAGUGUCCAUCAAACUCAAAGGAAUUUCAUCACUUUGGGUUCAUCACUCACUGCACAACUUAAUCAAAAUGAACAGUCUUCAUGGCAGUCUCCAUCUGGGGAUUUUGCAUUUGGGUUCCAACAAAUCCAAAAAGAUGGCUUCCUUCUUGCUAUCUGGUUCAACAAAAUCCCUCAAAAAACCAUUGUUUGGUCAGCCAAUAGAGAUAAUCUAGUGCAACAAGGUUCCACUGUUCAACUAACCCAACCUGGCUCAUUAGUUCUGAGAGACUCAACAGCAAAACAAGUAUGGAAUACUACUGCAGUUUCAGGCCCUGGAGUUUCCCAUGCAGCCCUGCUUGACACUGGAAAUUUUGUGCUCGCUAACCAGAGCCUUUUCAAUCUUUGGGAGAGUUUUGAUGAGCCAACAGACACAUUGUUGCCUGCGCAAAUUUUUGGUCAAAGUAUAGAACUUGCUGCUCGUUACUCUGAGUCAAAUUACUCAAGAGGGAAGUAUUAUUUUAAAGUGGACGAUGGUGAUCUAGUGUUCUACUACGGUUCUUGGCCUUACUGGAAAGAGAACGAUGUCUUUCAGGUAACGUUUAACCCAUCUGGCUCUAUAUACCUGGAAUCACAAAAUGGAACCGUACUUAAAUGGUUGACAACAUCAUCAAACUCUAAUUUUUCAAAAGGCUUCUACCAAAGGGCGAUUCUUGAAUAUGAUGGCAUUUUCAGGCAUUAUAUCUACCCAAAAGAUGAGGAUGGACCAGAUUCUAAAGAAUGGCCCAGUGGAGAAUGGUCCUACAUCUCGCCAUCCACACCUGAAAAUAGUUGUUCUAGUUUUCAGGACUUCUCAGAACCUGGAAAUUGCGGGUACAAUAGCUAUUGCAAUACAGAAAAAGAUAGACUCAACUGCAAUUGUCCUACUGGCUACACUUUCAUUGAUCCAAAUGACAAGCUUAAAGGAUGCAGACCCAACUUCAAAGCUCAAAGUUGUGAUGAAGAUUCAGAUGAUGUCAAUCACUUUCAAAUGUAUAGAAUGGACAACAUAAACUGGGCUGGUGGUGAUUAUGAGUUGUUUGAAGCAGUGAAUGAGGGUUCGUGCAAAAAUUCUUGCUUGGUUGAUUGUUUUUGCGCUCUUGUUGUUUACGAAAAUCAAAACUGCCAUAUGAAGAAAUAUCCUUUUUCAAAAGGGAUAAGAAACAAUAUGAUUGAGGGCAAAACACUAAUCAAAGUAAGAAGUGAUAACUCUACUUCCAAGCCAAGCCGCAGCAGACAUUUGAAAAGAGAAGACCAAACAACCUUGAUAGUCAUUGGAUCAGUGCUUGUAAGUAGCUCUGUUUUUCUUAAUAUCCUACUACUUAUAACCUCAUUGGUUUUGUAUUUCCGCCUCUGCCACAAAGCAUCAAUCACUAAAUCAAAUGAGACCAUGCCAGAAAAGAAUUUGCAGAAUUUCACUUUUGCAGAGCUAGAAAAGGCUACUGAUGGAUUCAAUGAACAGCUGGGGGUUGGUGCCUUCGGAGUUGUUUUCAAAGGGAUUCUGGAUUUAGGCAACAAUGAUAGUUUGGCGAUUGCUGUGAAAAGGUUGGACAACAACAACAUGGUGGAAGAAGGUGAGCAAGAAUUCAAAGCAGAAGUAAUGUCUAUUGGUCGUACAAACCAUAAGAAUUUGGUGCAGCUUAUUGGGUUCUGCAACGAGGGACAACAUCGGCUUCUUGUUUACGAGUACAUGAGCAAUGGAUCCUUAGCAACCUUUCUUUUUGGACCAUCAGAUAAGCCGAAGUGGCACCAAAGAAUGCAAAUUGCUUUGGGGAUUGCAAGGGGGCUAUUUUACUUGCAUGAAGAGUGCAGCACCCAAAUCAUACACUGUGAUAUCAAGCCUCAGAACAUCCUCCUAGACGACUCAUGCAAAGCAAGAAUUUCUGAUUUUGGAUUGGCCAAGAUUUUGAAGACUGACCAGACUCGAACCACGACUGGAAUAAGAGGAACCAAAGGGUAUGUAGCCCCUGAAUGGUUUAGAAACAUUGCUGUGACAGUAAAAGUGGAUGUAUACAGCUAUGGCAUUCUGUUGUUGGAGUUGAUAUGUUGCAGGAAGAAUGUUGAAGAAAAUGUAGAGGAAGAUGCCCAAAUGGUAUUGGCUGAUUGGGCAUGUGAUUGUUAUGAAGCUGGGAAAAUGGAGUGUCUAGUUGAGAAUGAUGAUGAGGCUGUGAUGGAGAUGAAGAUGGUUGAGAAGUGUGUGAUGGUUGCUAUAUGGUGCAUCCAAGAGGACCCUUCACUGCGACCAACUAUGAAGAAAGUUAUGUUGAUGCUUGAAGGAAGUGUUAAGGUUUCAGCUCCCCCACUCCCAAAUUCCUUCAUAAGUUCAUUAUAGUUUUGUAUUCGUAAGUUCAUAUACUUAAUUAUUAUGUGCCAAUGUUCAG